UGGGAGCUGAAGAUAAAUCGAUGUUUAAGAUAUUGUGAUAUCUCAUAUAGAAAAUGUUUUAAAAAACGAUAAGGUAUAGUAAAGAGGGAAAGUCAUUCCUGCAAUGGCGAUGUUAACUCGCCUAACCAGCAGUGGUACGUCUGUGGCUACGCCGGGUUCACCAAAAGCCUUGCAACGUUUUCAAAACUGCAUUGCUUUUCUAUGGCCAUCCCUACAAUCACAACAAAGGAAGUGCAAAUCCAAUCAGCUAGAUGCAAUAGAUUGUUUUACCAACGACCUAGUGCAUAGUAAAACAAAAAAAUGGGAGGAAAUGCGAGAAAAUGUUAUGAAGAAUAAAAAAUGUGACACAAGCGCAAGUACAACCAGUUUCAGUCAGACUAUUGGUCUAAUGUCAAAAGGUGUCAUUAGUGAUUUUGAGACACUACGCUCACCUCAACUUGGCUUGGAUAUACGAAUACUGUCUCAGGCCCAAUUAGACAAUUUAUUAACAUCAACGUUGGAAAUUAAGAAUAAAAUAGAUUUUCUUUACCUCAUACGUCAGUGCAUACGUUGGAAACAACUACCUUCAGCUGAAGUGUUGCUUAAUUGCCUAAGAUACCUCAGUACACUUUGUCGAUUGCAACAAAUAGAAGCAUUUGAAGAAAUUUGCAGUGAAACGGGUCAUCCGCUCGUGAAAGUUUAUGCCGGUUUUGCGGCAUUCAAAGCGAUGGCCAUGUGGCGAAGCGGCAGUUCCGAUACUGCAAUAGCUACUUUGCAUCUUGGUUACAGAGACACUGUAGAUUUCGAAGAGGGCAGACGUAUGAUACGAAAUGUUUUUCGAAACAUAGCUGAAGAAACAUUAACCAAGAAAAGUGAAGCAGUUUUGGUUAAACUGAUGGACGUUGCACGCUCAAUUUACGACGAACAUAGAGAUAUUUUUAUAGUUGCUUGUGUAUGGAAACAAUGUUUUGCAAGUAAUUGGUUUUGUGACCAAAAGUCUGCGGCGGAUCUCUUCGAGCACUAUAAAGAGUUGCAGCAACUAGUGGGUAGAAGAUCCGCUUCUUUGUGCUCAUCUUUUUUAAAUCGUCACAAUAUUGAUGCAGUGCAUCGAUUAAUUGAGGCUUUUUUACAAUACAAACAAGACGCUGCCUGCGCUGAGUGCCUCAGUUUGUUAUUCAAUUAUCAAUAUCAACGUAAAGAUUUACGAGCUUGUGCUGAAAUCGUCAAAUCAUGUAGUGAAUUGGAAAUGCCAUUGAGCGAAUUGCAAAAUGAACAGUUUCUUACGCUGUUUCUCAGCCAAACCGAAUCGCCAUGUGAAAAUGUCAGCAAAUCGAUACCAUCCAACCUGCAAAAGCCGUACAAACAGUUCCAGUAUAAAUUUUAAGCAAUACUUGCGGUACAUUUUUGUACCUUACAUUUUUUUAGUAGAAUCGUAGUUGCACACUUGUUACUUUUUAGACUUUCUUUACAAUAUUAAGACCGAAAAAAUUCUAUUACAAUUUUGAGAGCAAUCACUGGUUUUAAUGUAAAUUGCAUGCACUAAAGUUUCGUUUAGGUUGUAAGCGUUAAAGCAAUACUUUUGCAAUAUUUUCACUAUGUAGUCAAUAAAGAUUAAUUGUUGCAAAUUAAUAAUAACUUUCUUU